AAAGAUGAUAUUUGUUGACAUUGUUAUAUCUGUGACUAUUUUGCAGUUUGUCGAGGCUACACUGAAAGAUGGUUGGUGUGACAAAUAUUCCCAGAGAUCAACUAAAUUACAAGAAGAUAUAUCUAUCAGAGAGUCUUCACAUACUCAAUAUCCAAACUGUCAAUGGCAAGUUAAAUUUGAAAACGCUACAAAACUAUUAAUGGAAGUUAAGAUUGACCAAAUGCCUUUCAAUAAUAUCAUCGAAUACGGCGGUUUUCAAGGACAAAAACAUACAGUCAAGUAUGAUAAACUAACAAUUAUAGAAGGGGAUUGUAACCAUGGAAACGCUACAAUAUCUUUUUCGGAAACGGUUCAAACUACAACUAGAUCUAUAAACGCUGGUGCCAUAUGCUUCCAGUAUAAAUCGGAAAGUGAUAGUUAUACGGACAACAGGCUUCAAAUCCGUAUUCGACUUACAGUUAAAGAAGUGAAAUGUAGAAAUGAACAAAUUCAUACAGAUUCUACCGCGUGGUGUAAAACAGUUUGUUUUCCUGAUGAUAGAACAAGAGAGGACUGCCAAAUGCCCAUAACAAAAUCCAAUACAAAUCAACUGUCUACAACAAAGGAACUUCAACAAACAGGAAUGAUCAAAAAUUUUAAAUCAACAUCUAAACCUACAAACACAGCAAAUACAAAGAUGGCAGAAUUACCAGAGACUUCGACUCAAGCACCAUCUACAACCAGUAUAAACGUCUUCUCACAGAAACAAACUACUGAUGAUAUCUUAACAACGCAUUACAGAAACAAAGUUCAUUUGCCAUCUAAGGCACCAAUAGAGGCAACCACUCAUACAAACAUUGUUGUAUCAAUUGGAAGGACUAGUAUCACUGUAUCUGAUGGUAGUACCGUCUCUGAUGGAAGGAACAAUAUCACAAAACCAACUCUACCACCUGAUGUAUACAACAAUAACUCCUGUUCAAACCAGUAUAAAUCUUCUAUGACAAAGAAAGACUUACAGACUGGACUAUACAUAUCCAGUACCAUAGCGGGAGUAUUUACUGUUACUGUCAUAAUCUUGUUGAUUUGUUGUGUGAAGAAAACAAAAGAUGUGGAGAAACUGACAACAAUUAUGGUUCAUCUAUCUAGAUCUAAGGCCAUGGCAGAUCAUAAUAAACUGCAGAGAAUACAGAUGAGUAGCUGGUCUUCUGCAACCUCUAGCGUGAGACCUACAUUGCCUCCACGUCCUCUCGACCUUCCUAGUAUUGGUGAUACAAAAUCUCAGUCUGAAAUAAGCCCUUAUCGCUACAGUGAUGAAGUAUAUGAUAACAUAGGAAACAUUCGUAGACAUGAUAAGUCCAGAAGUCAUGAAAAUUCAGCACUAAAUCUUUUAAAACAGCUUUCAAGUAAUACUACACAGACACAAUGUCAGGGAAUUGAUAAUGACCAUUCAUCAACAAGUAGUGGUAGAAGCCACAAAAAUCAGUCUGAUGACCAAAGAAGCAUUGGUACGCACAGUCAUGGGAGUGGUGUUUAUAUUGACAAUACAUCUAUCAAAUCCAAUACUUACAGACAAGUUCACAAAGUUAGACAUUAAAAUAUAUUUUUUGUAUACCGGUAAUCCAUUUCUAUGGCAAUACACUGGCAUGUGAUGGAGUUGCAAGAUAUUUGCUCAUGAUUAAUUCUUUCCCUUAGCACUUUUUAAUUGGCUACCUGGUGCUUUAUGUGCAGAGGCAAAUACCAAAUCCAUAUAAAAAAAAUAUGCAGAUAUGUUAGUUAUAAAUGUUUAAUAUAAAUGUAUUCAUUAUUAUUUGAGACCUACAUGUACCAAUUUUUUAAGGAUUUUUUGUUGAUUGAUGAACAACGAGUUUUAAUGUUCAAUGAAGUACACAUUAAAUAUAAGCUUGUAUGAUCUUGUAUGACCUUGUAUACACACUUUGGUAAAACCAAGAAAUCAUAUACUAGUAUACACAAAAACACAACUUUUAUCUCGAUAAUAUCAAUCAGUGAAAAUUGAUUCACAUGUAAAUUAAAUGAAUCCACAAUAUUCUACUUGUAAUUCUGUGUUUGUCUUUGUUGCUAUCAUAUUUUUUGUUUGUUUAUUGUUU